GGAACAUGUUUGCUACUUAGCAGGGAACUAAAAUUCAGGCACAAGAGGUUGUAAACGUAAAGAGUGAAUAUGGGCGAAAAGAAGCCAGAACCUUUGGACUUUGUAAAAGAUUUUCAGGAAUAUCUUACACAGCAGACUCACCAUGUAAAUAUGAUUUCUGGAUCAGUUAGUGGAGACAAGGAAGCAGAGACUCUUCAGGGAGCUGGGACAGAAGGUGAUCAGAAUGGUCUGGAUCAUCCUUCUGUUGAAGUUUCACUGGAUGAAAACUCAGGAAUGUUAGUGGAUGGGUUUGAAAGGACAUUUGAUGGAAAGUUAAAGUGUCGAUACUGCAACUAUGCCAGCAAAGGAACAGCACGGCUCAUAGAGCAUAUCAGAAUUCAUACAGGUGAGAAGCCGCACAGAUGCCAUUUGUGUCCCUUUGCAUCAGCUUACGAACGUCACCUGGAAGCUCACAUGCGAUCGCAUACUGGUGAAAAACCAUACAAAUGUGAAUUGUGUUCCUUUCGCUGCAGUGACAGAAGCAACUUAUCUCACCACCGCAGACGCAAACAUAAAAUGGUGCCUAUCAAGGGUACAAGGUCUUCCCUAAGCAGCAAGAAAAUGUGGGGGGUUUUGCAGAAGAAGACCAGCAAUUUGGGGUACAGCAGAAGAGCAUUAAUUAAUUUGAGUCCACCUUCCAUGGUGGUUCAGAAACCAGACUACCUUAACGAUUUCACUCAUGAAAUCCCAAAUAUCCAGACUGAAGCAUAUGAAAGCAUGACAAAAACAACCCAGAGCAGUGGGUUGCCCAGAGAUCCACAAGACCUCAUGGUAGAUAAUCCUUUAAACCAGCUCUCUACGUUAGCGGGACAGUUAUCUAGCUUGCCACCUGAAAACCAAAAUCCAGCCUCUCCUGACGUUGUUUCCUGUCAAGAUGAAAAGCCUUUCAUGAUACAGCAGCCUGCUGCACCUGCGGUAGUUUCAGCUGUGUCAGCAAAUAUUCCUCAAAGUUCAUCUCCAACCAGCCCAGAUCCUCGGCCUACACACAGUCAGAGGAACUAUAGCCCCGUGGCAGGUCCCAGCAGUGAUCGCAGUGCCCACACCAGUACUCCCAGCAUAAGUAACAGUCAACCAAGUACUCCGGCUCCGACCCUUCCGGUUCAGGACCCUCAGCUUCUGCAUCACUGCCAACACUGUGACAUGUACUUUGCGGACAAUAUCCUUUAUACUAUUCACAUGGGAUGUCAUGGGUUUGAAAAUCCUUUUCAGUGCAACAUAUGUGGGUGUAAGUGUAAAAAUAAGUAUGACUUUGCUUGCCAUUUUGCAAGAGGCCAACAUAGUCAACAUUGACUGAGAACAUGCU